AUCUUAAGUAUGGCUUUAGCUGAAAAGGACAAUCUCGUCAUAUUUUGAAUUCUUCAAAAAAAAUUAAAGAGAUUAAUCCCUGAAACUUAAAACAAAACAGAAGAGAGAAGAAGAAGCUCAUACUCCAAUACUCUUCUUUCACUCUUCCCUCUCCGUCUAGAUCUCUGAUAAUGGCUGCUGGAUAUGCUGGUGUAUUGGUUUCAGAUCCAUGGCUUCAAAAUCAGUUCACUCAAGUUGAACUUAGAAGCUUAAAAUCUCAUUUUUUAUCGAUGAGAAGAGAGCUGGGAAAUGUAACGUUAGAAGAUUUACCAUCAAUGAUGUCGAAACUAAAGAUUGUUGGAGAAAAUCUGACUGAUGAAGAGAGAAGUUCUUUUUUGGUUGAAUCAAAUGGGAGUUUGACUGAAGAAGUUGAUUUUGAAGGAUUUCUUAAGGUGUAUCUGAAAAUGCAAGCUCAUACAAAUGCUAAACCAGGUGGUGGUGGUGGUGCAAAGGACUCAUCUGCGUUUCUAAAGGCUGCUACUACUACGUUACUGCAUACAAUCAGUGAAUCUGAAAAGUCAUCAUAUGUUGCUCAUAUUAACAAUUACCUUGGAGAAGAUCCAUUUUUAAAGAAAUGCCUUCCUAUAGAUCCAUUGUCUAAUGAUCUCUUUGAAGUUGUAAAGGAUGGAGUUCUUCUAUGUAAACUUAUCAAUGUGGCAGUCCCUGGGACUAUUGAUGAACGGGCAAUCAAUACUAAAAGGAUACUCAACCCUUGGGAAAGGAAUGAAAAUCAUACACUUUGUCUAAACUCUGCCAAGGCUAUUGGAUGUACAGUAGUUAACAUUGGCACCCAGGAUUUUAUUGAAGGAAGGCGUCAUCUGGUGCUUGGAGUGAUUUCUCAAAUUAUCAAGAUACAACUACUGGCAGACCUUAACUUGAAGAAAACACCUCAGCUUCUAGAGUUGGUUGAAGAUAGUAAGGAUAUGGAGGAGCUGAUGGGUCUAGCCCCUGAGAAGAUAUUGCUGAGGUGGAUGAAUUUCCACCUGAAGAAAACAAGCUACAAAAAAACAGUUACAAACUUCUCUUCGGAUGUGAAGGAUGGACUGGCUUAUGCACACUUGCUAAAUGUUCUUGCUCCAGAGCAUGGUAACCCAUCUAUAUUUACCUUAAAAGAUUUUCUAGAGAGAGCCAGACUAAUUCUUCAACAUGCGGACCGAAUGGGUUGCAAGAGAUACUUGACAGCAAAAGACAUAGUCGAGGGGUCGCCAAAUCUUAACUUGGCAUUUGUUGCACAUGUUUUCCAGCACAGGAAUGGUCUCAAAUCACAAACGAAGGAAAUAUCUUUUAUUGAAACUUCUCCAGAUGAAUCCCAGAUUUCCAGAGAAGAAAAAGCUUUUCGCCUUUGGAUCAAUAGUUUGGGUAAUUCGACAUAUAUUGACAAUGUUUUUGAAGAUGUUCGAAAUGGAUGGGUCCUUUUAGAGGCCUUAGACAAGGUUUCUCCUGGUAUAGUUAAUUGGAAGAUUGCAAGCAAACCUCCAAUAAAAAUGCCGUUCAGGAAAGUAGAAAACUGCAACCAAGUAGUGAAGAUUGGUAAACAGUUAAAGUUUUCCCUAGUCAAUGUUGCUGGGAAUGAUAUUGUGCAGGGCAAUAAGAAGCUUAUAUUGGCUUUCUUGUGGCAAUUGAUGCGUUGCAACAUUAUCCAGCUCCUUAAAAACUUGAGAUCUCACUCUCAUGACAAGGAGAUAACAGAUGCUGACAUUCUGAACUGGGCUAAUGUUAAAGUGAAGAAUGCAGGGAAAACCAGUCAGAUGAAAAGUUUUAAGGAUAAGAGUCUCUCUGAUGGCAUAUUUUUCCUCGAGUUGCUCAGUGCAGUGGAGCCCAGAGUUGUGAACUGGAGUCUUGUUACUAAGGGAGAAACAGAUGAGGAGAAAAAGAUGAACGCCACAUACGUUAUCAGCAUUGCUAGAAAGCUUGGAUGCUCGAUAUUCUUGCUACCAGAAGAUAUAACAGAGGUGAAUCAGAAAAUGAUGCUUACACUUACAGCAAGUAUCAAAUAUUGGUUUAUGAAACAACCCAUUGAAGAAAGACCAGGCGGAGCUUCAGAUAGCGAAAACUCAUCAGAAACAAUGUCUAACUGUACAAUGGACGAUAGUGCUUCUGAGACCUCAUCAACGGAGGACAGAUAAACAAGAGGUGACCGGUCCUAAUGGAUGUUCAGGCCAUAAAGAAUUUUACUCCAAUUUUCCACUAAAAUAUUGUGUGUAUUAUUUUUCUGUCGUAGAAUCAUGAUGUGAUGACCUGAAUAUCCAUAAAAGUGUGUUGAGGCUGUUAUAUUUAUAAGUCCGGUCUGUAGAAUGUAAGUGUAGAUUAGGUUUUGUUUCCAUCAAGAGAAUAUAUAUUGUGUAGCUGAAACAAAUGUACAUAUAAAUAUAAACCUGAAAUUUGUUUGUUUUGAAACAUAAAAGGGACAGAUUUUACAUUUUGUCCUGAACAGCAGUACUAGUUGAUUCUUUCUUCACAUUUAUGUUCAGGAAUGUAAUCAUAAUUCUUCUUGUAUGAACAGAUGAUCCCAUUAGAACUAUGCGUCUUUUGCGGGUUUUUGCGC